AAACCAAAAUAAAUGGCGAACGAAUGUCUUCCUUCAGUUUCAUGAAUAGUUUACGCUCGCUCGGCUUUGUCUAUUUUAAAGGGAAUUUAGAGAAUAAUAAACAUUGCCUGAUAUAAGAUUUAUUUCCAAAAAUCAAGUUAUUUAAUACAACAAUGGUGAUAAUCUAAAAACACAUAAAUCCAACAUGUAGACUAAAAUGUAGUGAAAUCGAUGAGUUUGAUGUUGAAAUUAUCUUAAUUUUAAUGUUAUUUUGUGUGAAAUAAAGUCUCAAAAUGCGUUGCUGUGUACCUAGUUGUACUAACGACACGAAACACACCACAAAAAGUCAUGGAAUUACGUUUCAUUUGUUUCCAAAAGAACCUAAUCUCCGUUCGACGUGGCUCACGGCCCUCGGCAUAACACAUUGGGAGCCGAAUGAUCGCAGUGCAAUAUGUUCCGAGCACUUCCGCAAUGACGACUUUUAUUUGACAAAAUGCGGCUUACGGAGGAUCAGGAGUGCUGCUGUACCGUUUGUUGCUCAUCUCUCUGAAGAAGAUUUGGAGGCUCCAGCAGUUUUGAGGGUUUGCAGAAUAUGCCUCGCAAUGGACUCCAAGCUGUAUGACCUGAGGGACUUCAAACUGGACAGUAUGCUCGAACAAGCAACAGGACUGAUGAUGACCGAGGAAGACAAAUUGCCACAGAAACUGUGCUGGGAGUGUGCGCACAGGGCGUUCGCGUGCUGUCGGUUCAAAACCAGAGCGCUGAGGAGUCGGGAGCUGAUGAUGGCCGUUCUGGAGACUUCUUCAUAUAUUACAGUUAGAGAUAUAAAGUCAAUAAAUCGAACUCAGAACCAACUUAUUUCACCUCUUGUACAGAAAAUUUACGAGCCUGACUGUACGGAUAUGGUGAUAGUUGAUGGUCAGGUGGUGGUCAAGCCGGAGGACAACAGGGAGGAGGUCAAAGUGGAGACUGACGAGGUAACGUGUACGUACGGAGCGUCUGACCUCCGUGACCUUGUUAACCUGUCUUUAGAACAGAAGGUAUACGAGCCGGACUGUACGGACAUGGUGAUAGUUGAUGGUCAGGUGGUGGUCAAGCCGGAGGACAACAGGGAGGAGGUCAAAGUGGAGACUGACGAGCAGAUAUACGAGCCUGACUGUACGGAUAUGGUGAUAGUUGAUGGUCAGGUGGUGGUCAAGCCGGAGGACAACAGGGAGGAGGUCAAAGUGGAGACUGACGAGAUACAAAUAGACGAGAUACAAGUAAAGAACGAGGAUGACACGAACGAGAUAUUUUUCCAAGAUUACGUCGACGGUUUCGAUGAUAGUGAUGAUGAUAAGACGCUGAGCGAGGUGUUCGCCAAGCCCAAGGCCAGAGUGAGGAAGAAACGGGAGAAGGACAAGGUGAAAGUCGAGAAGAAGAAGAAGAAAUGCGAUGAUGACGACAGCCCUACUUCUACUAUGGACAAAUACAAAACAUCGGACGUUAAACGUAGAAAAACACAAGAGGCAUUAGACGAGAACCUGUUUAACAUAACGACGCUGACGUACGAGGAGCAAAUAGCCGAAAUCGCAUCGAGACAGCAAUCGGACGCGUAUAAGAACGCGAUUUAUAAAUGUACGGUGUGCUAUAGGGGAUUCCACAUCAAGGACCGUUUGGACGCGCAUGCUGUCAGGCAUACGGACCAAAGCGGUGCGUAUGAGUGCUUCAUAUGUAAGACUAGGCUCAAGACGGGACGCGCUUUGCGGAAACACAUAACGGCCCAACACACUGAACAGUACAGUUGUAAGGGGUGUCCGUUCGUCACAAGGAACAGGGGUGUCGCGAGAGAGCACGAGAAAUGGCAUUCGGGAACAAAAUAUCAGUGCCCGCAUUGUCCUAGUGAAUUUGACAAGCUGACGACGUAUAUGGGCCACAUAAGAAUUAAACACGUUUCAGAUUUUGUCUGUGAAUUGUGCGGCUACACGUUUGUGAGCAAGAAGGGUAUAGACGUGCACAAGAAGAAGAAACACCGGCUCGCCGAGAAAACGGUUUCACUGGAAGGUCCCUAUUGUGAAGUGUGUGACGUCACUUUCGUGUCAGAAGACGCGCACGAGAGACAUUUGAAGCUGUCUUCUAAACACAGCAGCGAUAGCGAUCCCAACCGCAUAAGGAACGACUCGCAGAGCAUGCACGCGGAGAGGAGCGGCCGCGUGGUGAGGCGGAUCGAGCGGCGGCCCGUCGUGCACCCGCGGCCCGCGUGCGAGCCCGGGGCUCCGGGGCCCGUGGCUUGUGAGCAGUGCGGCCUCCAACUGCGAGACCUUCGUUUGUACGCGCAGCACUUCAGGCGAGCGCACCCCGACAAGAAUCGAACCAAGUACCCCGCGAUGAAGACGCCGUGCAUGUGCGAACAGUGCGGCAGGCUGUUCCAGAGCAUGGCCCUCCUCAAGGACCACAUGUGGGUGCACACAGGCGAGAAACGUUUCAAAUGCGAACGUUGCGACAAGAGUUUCACUCAGAAGACGAACCUCGUGUUCCACAUGAGGGUGCACAGCGCCACGCGGCCAACGUACGAGUGUCCGCUGUGCGGGAAGCACUUCGCGUUCUUCAACAAUCGUAGGAGGCAUAUGUUUAUCCACACGGGCCUCAAACCUUACAAAUGCGACACUUGCGGCAAAUGCUUCACCACGACGGGCGAGCAGCGCGCUCACGUGGAGCACGUGCACCUGAAGAAGCCCUGGCCGAAGAGGGCCAGGGCGCGGGCCAGGGACGACUGGCAGAAGUGCGCCGUCAGCAUGGAGGACUGAGUGGAGGAUGGAGGAACAAAUUAUAAAGUUGGUAGGCGAAUAAUUUUAGAGUGUCGUGUGGUUCCCGGCACCAGUAAAAGAAAAAAAGAAUAGGACCAUUACAUCUCGUUUCCAUGGAUGUCGUAAAAGAUAUAAAUAAAGAUAGAUAGAUGGCUUAUUAACUUGGGAUUCUUCUUUUAGGCGAUGGGCUAGCAACCCGUCACUAUUUGAAUCUCAAUUCCAUCAUAAAGCCAAACAGCUGAACGUGGCCUAUCAGUCUUUUAAAGACUGUUGGUCAUGUCUACCCCGCAAGCAAUUAUGUAUGAAUAAUUUAAAUAUUGUGAUGUCCGUAGAGGCGCGUUGGUCGCAACACUAAUGUAGGUGAGUGAAUUGUCUUAACGUAUUUAUCUCUCGCGGGGUAGACGGAGCCGGCAGUCUCGAUAAGAUUGAAAGGACACGUUCGGCUGUAUAGAGAGUAAAAAUAAUAUUGUAGUGUGCAUAGAGGCGUGUUGGUACCAACACUAAUAUGUGGGAGUGUAAGUUGAGUGUGGCGUAACAAGCACGUUGAAAGUUGGUGGCAAAUAACAUUACUAUUUUAAUGUGAAGCCAGGCUCGUUGGUACCAACACUAAUGUGUGUGAGUGCAAGUCGAGUAUGACAGAUUGCGCGAUUAAUAAUAUGUAGGGCAAUUUUGUUUUCUUUUAGGAGAACUAACAGUUUUUGUUAACAAAAUAUGUUAAUAUCUAGAAUUAUAAUAAAGACUGUUCCUCUCUCUCCGUUCCGUUAGGAAUGAUCUCAGUUUAUCGUAUUUUUUCCGAUCUUACAAUAAAGUUAGUCGUUAGUGAAUAAUGAUAAACUUGCCUGAUUAUAUAUGAGUUUAUUCUAAAAUUUUAUGCUUUAUAUGUAUAGGUAUAAUUUUGAGAAGUUUAUUUAUUCGAAUCUCAGUAUUUUAAUGAUUAUUUAUUUAUUUGUAAUACAUAGGCUUACAAACUUGGAUUCUUUUUUAGGCGAUGGGUUAGCAACCUAUCACUAUUUGAAUCUCAAUUCUAUCAUUAAGCCAAAUAGCUGAACGUGGCCAUUAAGUCUCUUCAAGACUGUUGGCUCUGUCUAACCCGCAAGGCAUAUAGACGUGACCAUAUGUAUGUAUGUAAUACAAGUUUUUAGUAGAUACAUACAUAAAAUCACGCCUUUUCCCCGGAGUGGUAGGCAGAGACUACAUCUUUCCACUAGCCACGAUCUCUGCAUACUUCCUUCUCCUUCCCUCGGUUUUUGGCGCCCUCGGAUUUCACUCCAUUGGCUCGUACGCCAUCUUUUGCGACGUCCAACCAUGAUCUUUUCGGCCCGUGUCAAAGUCGAUAUUAUUGUAUUACAACACUAGCUGUGCCCGCGACUCCGUCCGCGUGGAAUAGUUAUUUUGGGCAUCAUUGAGGCCCUUAAUAGUGAAAAAUUUUCCCCGUUUUUUUUUCACAUAUUCCAUUAUAGUUGCAGCGUGAUGUUAUAUAGCCUAAAGCCUUCCUCGAUAAAUGGUCUAUUCAACACAAAAAUAAUUUUUCAAUUCGAACCUGUAGUUCCUGAGAUUAGCGCGUUCAAACAAACGAACAAACAAACAAACUCUUCAGCUUUAUAAUAUUAGUAUAGAUUAGUAUAAAAAAUGUUAGUAAUAAAUAUAUUUAAUAAAAAAAAACACAAUGCAUUUUGUAUAACUGUGUGGUGUGAUAAUGUUUGUGUGUGUUUGUAUGUGGAAUAAUGUAACUCGAAUUGUAAUGUAUAUAGUAGUAAGAAAUAAUUGCGUGCAAGAUUUUCAAUUUAUAUUCUCAAUCUGAUAAACGGACACAGCCAUAUUUGUUGAUACGGUCGUGUAAAACAUUUAAUUAAGAUAUAAAUGCAACAUUAUUUGUAUCAGUAUUUAUUAUUUUGAUUCCAGUAGAGUAUUAUUUACAA